GUUUUCCAAUGCCGCCUUCCUGUAUUUAUUUUGAAGAUGAGGCAAUAAGGUAAACCGGACAUAGGGAUGCUGUGGAAAUAGAACGACUGAGCGAGAGAAGGAGAACUAGUGCAGCAUGUGUCAGCACUGAGGCAUUGACCAAUGAACAAGCAGCGCGCGACAGAAAGAGAGAGGGGAAACGGAUGGUGACAGCCUGUGAUGCGAGGAGGAAAGCGAGAGAGCGAAGAGCAGGACUGGAAGGUCAUUAGACGAGACGGAAAUAAACUAGGAUCCGCCACCCUUUGACACCUCCUGUUUACAAGGCUUUCCUCAACACCAAUCAACAACAUAGCUGGACUCCUGCUACAUCCACAUAUAGGGGAAACCCUCCACAGAACCUGACUCAACCUGCCAACCAGCCAAUACAUUCCCAGAGGAAAAGCCUAUGUCCAUUGUGAAGAGGACAAUCCUACCUUGCGCUCCUGUCCUUCUUACUGUACCUAACCAAAAACACUUGGUCACUUGUUAUGGCUGGCUGACCACAACAUCCCCUUUUUGAAUGAAAUCCAAGAACUGUCUACAGAAAAGAAGAAAGGAAUAUCUUUGACUGCUACAACGAGGAAAUAGCCUGUCUGUUGUUCGCCAGAACACACACUGGAUUGGUGAUUCUCAGCCCAAGGUGGACCAGGAAACCACUGGACUGAGGCUAUUGGAGAGAUGACUGACUGACUGACUGUCUGUGUUGGACUUUGCCAUGGGAGAGACGGCUGAGUACCAGCGACUGGAUGAGACAUCGGACUACCAGCGGCUGCCCAGCGUUGAUGAGGAGAAGCUGGGCAGUAGCAUGCAGUCUGAGGAGGGCACAGAAUGGCUCCUGGAGCUGCUGAUGGAGGUGCAGCUGCAGCAGUACCUUUUGCGUAUCCGUGACGACCUUAACGUGACGCUCCUCUCCCACUUUGACUACGUCAAGAACGAGGACCUGGAGAAGAUCGGCAUGGGGCGGCCCGGGCAGAGACGGCUGUGGGAGGCGGUCAAGAAGAGGAAAGCCUUGUGCAAGCGCAAGUCCUGGAUGAGCAAGGUAUUCAGCGGGAAGCGGCCGGACGGUGGGGACUUCCAGCAGGCGGCCCCCACCACCUCCUUCCGCAAGCUGUCCCCUACGCCGCCCCCCCAGCAGCAGGCACUCAGCUGUCUGAUCAGUGAGAAGGACCUGGUCCUCUUCCAGAAGCUAGGCGAAGGCUCCUUCGGUGUGGUCAAAAGGGGCGAGUGGUUCACGCCCACUGGGAAAGUGUUGGAGGUAGCAGUAAAGUGUUUAAAGACAGACGUUCUGAGUCAGCCGGACGCACUGGACGACUUCAUCUGCGAGGUGAACGCCAUGCACUCCCUGGAUCACCAGAACCUCAUCCGGCUGUACGGGGUGGUGCUCACACGCCCCAUGAAGAUGGUGACUGAACUAGCCCCGCUGGGCUCGCUGCUGGACCAUCUGCGCUGCGUUCCGACGCAGAGCCCCGUCCUCAUCCACACGCUGUGCCAGUACGCCAUGCAGGUGGCGUGUGGCAUGGCCUACCUGGAGCAGCGGCGCUUCAUCCACCGCGACCUGGCCGCCCGCAACAUCCUGCUGGCGUCGGCCGACACGGUGAAGAUCGGCGACUUCGGCCUGAUGCGAGCACUGCCCAACAACCACGAUCACUAUGUGAUGCAGGAGCACUGCAAGGUGCCGUUCGCCUGGUGUGCCCCUGAGAGCCUGAAGACACGGACGUUCUCCCACGCUACAGACACCUGGAUGUUCGGGGUGACGCUGUGGGAGAUGUGUACCCACGGACAGGAGCCCUGGCUGGGCCUCAACGGCAGCCAGAUCUUACACAAGAUAGACAAAGAGGGUGAGCGUCUGCCCAAGCCAGAGGACUGUCCUCAGGACCUUUACAACGUCAUGUUGCAGUGCUGGGCCCAGAAACCUGACGACAGGCCCACAUUCCUCGCCCUCAGGGAGUUCCUGCUCGAGACCAUGCCAACAGACAUGUGUGCGCUGCAGGACUUUGAAGAGGCUGACAAGCUUCAGAUUCAGGUCGACGACGUCAUCACCAUCAUCGAGGGAAGAGCGGAGAACUACUGGUGGCGGGGCCAGAACAAGCGCACGCUGAAGGUGGGCCAGUUCCCCAGGAACGUGGUGACCUCCGUUGCGGGCCUGUCGGCCCACGACAUCAGCCGACCCCUUAAACACAGCUUCAUCCACACUGGCCACGGAGACUCCGACCCACACCGCUGCUGGGGCUUCCCAGACCGCAUUGACGAUCUGUACUUAGGAAACCCCAUGGACCCACCAGAUGUGUUGGGGUUGGACCUCAAUGCUGCCCGGCCCACUCAGCUACUGGGACGAGCAAAAAAGCCAUGCUACGACUCAGUGACUGAGGACGAGGAGCUGACCGCCUCAGGCCUCAAGAGGCUGUCACUACGGAAAGCAGGGUCCAUCCUCAAGCUCAAACCCGCCGCCUGGGUCUCCGCCUCUAAACAGGGGGAACGGACUACGGGUUCAGGCCACACCCCCAGCAAGGUGUCGCUCAUCGACUUCGAGGAGGAGUUUCCCCCGGCCACACCCUCUCCCUCCCCAGUGGCGGAGCUACAGUUGCCCUCAUUGGUCAAGCUGGCCUUGGAGGCGGAGUCUAUUCUGGACAGGACUCCUCCUCAGAGCCCAUGGUGCUCGCUGCCCUGCCCCUUACACCCCACGCCAGUGGUGGACUGGGACGCCCGCCCCUUACCUCCGCCUCCUGCGUACGAUGACGUGGCGCAGGACGAGGAGGACAUGGAAGUGAGCUCCAUCAACAGCUUGGAGCAGCGACAGCAGGGGGGGAUGGGUGCGAGCCACAGCUCCACGGAGGUCAUCCCGGCUGGGGAGGAGGGGAAACCCCUGGAGGACAACCUCUUCUUACCCUCCCAGCAGGGCCAGGGCUACACAUCCUUCUCCCAAUCAGCAGAGAUCUUUCAGGAGCUCCAGCAGGAGUGCAUGAGGAGGCUCAAUGUGCCCACAGGAGGAGUUCCCCAGCCCCCCUCUCCGUCACCGAGCUUAGGCCUCCAGUCCAUAGACGUGCACCGCCAUAUCGUCCUGUCCUUCUCCGAGGACAAGCCCCAGAUCCCUCCCCGCAUUCCCAUCCCGCCUCGCCCCGUCAAACGAGGGGACUACACCCGCUGGUCCGGUGACCUCUCCCUGUCCCCGACUCCAGCUCCCGAGGAAGUCCAGGACCGGCCCCCUCAGAUCCCCCCGCGGAACCCCCUGUCCCAGCCAGGCUCGCGCACCCCCAGUCCCAUGGGGCUCCUGGUGGGCUCCCCCCAGCAGAGGACAAUGGUUUGCCCCAGCGCCCCUCCUCCGGCCACAUACGGAUCCUACCUUUCCACGUCCCCGGGGAAGAUCAUGCCCACUACGCACAGCUUUGCCUCGGACCCAAAAUACGCCGCGCUCAAGGUCAUCCAAGCACAAGCCCAGGGUAAGGACCUGGCCAAGGGGCCAUGCAUCCUGCCCAUUGUCCGUGAUGGCCGCAAAGUCAGCAACACGCACUACUACCUCCUGCCCGAGAGGCCGCCUUACCUGGACCGCUACGACCGCUUCUUCAGGGAAGCAGAAAACGUGCCGAUCGGUGGCGGCGGUGGUAUCUGUGAGGAGAGGCAGCAGGCCAACACGGCCAUGGUCAGGCCAAUGGUGGUGAACCAGCAGCAGCAGAGUAAGGGAGGAGAUGUCAAGGCCAACUUCUCCAACAACAACAGCAGUCUGGGCUGCCGGCCGGGCAUGAAGGCCUCUCUCAGCCUGCCUAGGGUCAGCUCUGAGGGGUCAGCCAGCAGGGCAGCAGGUGGAACCACAACAGACCAGGUCAAGAUGGUGCAGGAGGCGGUACAUGGCGUGACAGUAGAGGAGUGUCAGACAGCCCUCCAGAACCACAACUGGAACAUGCAGAAAGCUGUGCACUACCUCAAGGUUGAGCAGCUGUUCUGUCUUGGCCUGAAGACCAGGCUGGAGUGUCUCAAGAUGCUGGAGAUGUACAACUGGAACUUGGAAGUGGCCAGCACUCAGCUCCUGGACUCCUACAGCUCCGUCACACAAAGGCGGUGACCGAUGCUAGGAGCAACAGCAGAACUUGUUUUUAUUUGUCAUCUGUCUUUGAGGGGACGGAGUCUGCUCCCAUCCCUCUUUUAUGACUUGCCAGACGCAUCCCUUAAGAAGACGGGGAUUUGAGUGUGUUCCUGGAGUACAUUUGACUGUGUGAUGGGCCAUGGCUGCAGUCUUGCCUACUGUACACUGAGACCUGGAUAGGUGGAGGCUGCUGAAGGGGAGGACGGCUCAUAAUAAUGGCUGGAAUGGACUCAGUGGAAUGAUAUCAAACACAUCAACGACGUGGUUUCCAUGUGUUUGAUACCAUUCCAUUGACUCCAUUCCAGCCAUUAUUAGGAGCCGUCCUCCCCUUCAGCAGCCUACACUGAGGACCAGGGGGCUAGCCUCCACACUGAGGACCAGGGGGCUAGCCUCCACACUGAGGACCAGGGGGCUAGCCUCCACACUGAGGACCAGGGGGCUAGCCUCCACACUGAGGACCAGGGGCUAGCCUCCACACUGAGGACCAGGGGGCUAGCCUCCACACUGAGGACCAGGGGGCUAGCCUCCACACUGAGGACCUGGGGCUAGCCUCCACACUGAGGACCAGGAGGCUAGCCUCCACACUGAGGACCAGGGGGCUAGCCUCCACACUGAGGACCAGGGGGCUAGCCUCCACACUGAGGACCAGGGGGCUAGCCUCCACACUGAGGACCAGGGGGCUAGCCUCCACACUGAGGACCAGGGGGCUAGCCUCCACACUGAGGACCAGGGGCUAGCCUCCACACUGAGGACCAGGGGGCUAGCCUCCACACUGAGGACCUGGAGGCUAGCCUCCACACUGAGGACCAGGAGGCUAGCCUCCACACUGAGGACCAGGAGGCUAGCCUCCACACUGAGGACCAGGAGGCCAGCCUCCACACUGAGGACCAGGAGGCCAGCCUCCACACUGAGGACCAGGAGGCUAGCCUCCACACUGAGGACCUGGAGGCCAGCCUCCACACUGAGGACCAGGGGGCCAGCCUCCACACUGAGGACCAGGGGGCUAGCCUCCACACUGAGGACCAGGGGGCUAGCCUCCACACUGAGGACCUGGAGGCUAGCCCGUACUACCACCAAAUAGGAGUGGAAGUCGACUUAGAAUACAGGUAGUGGAACCAUACUCUUAAAGGGACCAUGGUGUCUGCUGGUUUCUACCCUAUACGUCCUCUUUUCCAUUGCUGGUCUCCCCGAUUCAGUUAUAUCACUGCCACAAUACACCUUUGACCAACUAGGCUGACCUCUUUUGUGUUAUUACUGACAUAUGAAUCAGGGGAGCACUCCCCUACUGUAUGUGAGCUUUGCUAAGCUCCUCGGUUUGAAUAGGGGCUUGUUUUAGGGAGGUCAGCAUUUUUCUGCUGCGCCGCCCGCCCUCCCAGGCUAUACUGUGUUUUAGCAGAGGACAAAGCCCACCUGGAAGGAACACAAGAGAGAAAGAGGAGAGAAAGAAGCUAAAUGCAGCUGGUCUACUUUUAAGUCGACUCCUUUUUUCUAUUCUAUUCUAGAGAUUUCUACAUGAUUUCUAUAAAGAUUUUUUUUAUGCACACAAACGGUUACAUACAUGAAUAGUUCAGUUUAUAUAUUUGCAGCGAAUAUGUGCUAGAAGUUAGUAUUUUUAGUUUUUAGUGCUCCGUUUUUAAUAUAUUUGGGGUUUUGAACCGGUUGUUUGAAAAGGGGGACAUAUUGAAAACAUUACAUUCUUGAGAUUUCAAAAAAAAAUAUAUAUUUUGUCAGUUAUUAAAGCCAUGUAUGUUGUGCUUUCCCUGAAUCGAGUUCACUUAUGGUUGUCAGUGACAUCAAUCUGAUCCACUCCUGGUGGCCAUGUACAACUUCUGGUGUGUUAUAUGACACCUGACUUUUCAUAGUGCUCUCACACUAUCUACUCUAAGCACCUGCCCACACAAAACAACUGUUGAAAAUCGACCCACUGGCUUGCCUAUUUUACCAUGUGUUCAAAGCGCAUUGAUACUUCUAGUAUUAAGAACAUUGCCAGCACUCUAGGACAAAAAUCCCCCCCCCCCCUCAUCUAUUAGGGACUAAAACCCUCGGUCAACACCCAUAGGUUACGCACAAUUUUGACCGGAAAGACUAGAUAACACUGGCUCUAGUUGAUUACACACCACGUCAAGCACACGUGUUGUAAGAUACAACACGUCACCAUACUGGACAUUAAUAAUAAAUAAAGUGUAUAACCUAGAGCAAACUGUAUAGUGAUAUGUGAUAGUUUUCGAUGUAUUUUCUGUACUCUUAUCCUGAUGCACGCUGUCUGCUGGUUUUCCGUGUGUUAUGAUUCAAAUUACGUUUUUUGGUGAACUGCACAUUAAUAUACUGUACACUGAACAAAAAUAUAAAAUGCAACAUGUAAAGUGUUGGUAACAUGAGCUGAAAUAAAACAUCACACAAAUGUUCCAUA